AUGACUGAUUGCAAGAAGCAAGUAGUUCCAGUUUUACAGGGAAUGAAGUUGUCAAUUAAUGACAAUCCAAAGUCUCCGGAUGAGGUUGAAGACAUGAAGUGGGUACCUUAUGUGAGUUUUGUUGGUAGCCUCAUGUAUGCAAUAGUUAGUACAAGACCAAAUAUUGCCCAAGCAGUGGGAGUAUUAGGUCGGUUUAUGGCAAAUCCGAGCAAGAUGCAUUGGGAUGUCGUGAAAAGAGUAAUUAAAUAUUUGAAGGGUAUGACACAGUACACUUUGUGCUAUCAAGGUAACUCAACUAGAUCAAGUAGAUCUAUUACCAUUCAAGGUUAUGUAGAUGCUGAUUGGGCAGGGGAUGUUGAUAGAAGAAAAUCCACCAAUGGAUAUGUGUUCACGGUGAAUGGUGGUGCCAUCAGUUGGAUGAGCAAACGAUAG